AUGUCUCUCCUUCCCAAGAAGUUCCCGGCCCCUGUUGCCAAGCCCAUGGUCCCUUUCUUCGCUGCGGGCCUGAUCAUCCUCUACGGUGUCAACUCUAUCGGUGAUGCCCUGAUGAAGACCGACGAGUUCAAGAACGACCCCCGCAACCCCUACGCCAAGGCCUCCAAGCCCGGUGAGAAGCACUAA